AUGCUUCAUACAAAUCUCCGGCUAGCAAAUUCUGGCUCGUCAUCCGCUGACUUCCAGCCAUAUGCCCAAUCAGCCUUGUCGGCACAAAUUGCCAAGCUAGAUUCGGAUGACUCUGAUGAGAAUUUAGAUAUCUUGAGCGGAGGCCAGAACGAUGAAGUCGGAUCAGAUUUAUCUGGGCCCGAAACGAGUGAGCUCAAAAAAGUUGUAAGAGAUGAGAAAUUGAACAUGCCAAGAUUGCCUCUUGCUGAUGAUGCCUUGCCG